AUGACCAAAGAAGGACUUGGACUUGAAAUCACUGAGCUAAGAUUGGGUCUUCCCGGUGGUGAGACUAUAAGUGUGGUGAAUAAGAAUGAGAAGAAGAGGGUGUUCUCGGAGAUUGACGGUGGUGGCGGAGGAGAUGAAAACAGCUGCUCCGGUGACCUGAAAAUCGAGAAGAAGAAUCAAGUGGUGGUGGGGUGGCCUCCGGUGUGCUCGUACCGAAAAAAGAACAAUGAAGCUUCAAAAUUGUACGUCAAGGUUAGCAUGGACGGUGCUCCCUUCUUGCGUAAAAUUGAUUUGGCUAUGCAUAAGGGAUACUCCGAGUUAGCCUUCGCUUUGGAGAAGCUCUUUGGUUGCUAUGGAAUGGGCGAGGCGUUGAAGGAUGCAGACAAUUCUGAACACGUUCCCAUUUAUGAGGACAAAGAUGGUGACUGGAUGCUGGUUGGAGAUGUCCCCUGGGAGAUGUUUAUCGAGUCAUGCAAGAGGCUGAGGAUUAUGAAGAGAUCAGAUGCGAAGGGCUUCGUCUGCAACCAAAAAGAUCUUUAAAGUGAUUCAUA